AGGGACAUUGAUCACAUCAAGGGGACUCGGGAGGAAGGAGGAGGAAGAAGGUGGAGGCUGGGGGCGGGAAGCGCGAGGUGAGAAGCAGGAGCCAAGGAGUUGCGCCGGGAGCGGCAGACGGCGAGGACCGGAGGGACGGCGCAGGGUCUCCCUCUCUCUCGACCAUGCCUUGCUUUUUGUUGUAAGCACUGGCGUGGAUCGCGUCCUCUCCGGAGGAGGAAGGGAAGGGCUCGGCGGCUGUCGGAGCGAUUCAUUCAGGGAUUCACUGACACCACCGUAGGAGUCCGAGCGCUCUCGGCUUGCAGGCGCACGAAGGGAGCGAGCGGCUGCGGCUCGCCUGGCUGCCGUCGAGGGUGACUCGCAGGCAGAAGGCGAGGGCGGGCCGAGCUGCCGCCGCCCGCCGCGUUCCCCACUGCCCUUGCGAGAGGGGCGCCCGCGGAGCCCCGGCGGCCCCGCGCAGCCUUCCCUCAUGCUAGAUACGCUCCGGCCCCCCGCCCCUCCUCCCCUGGCGUCGGCCAUGGCGAUCAGCAAGACGGUGGCGUGGCUCAACGAGCAGCUGGAGCUGGGCGCCGAGCGCCUGCUGCUCAUGGACUGCCGCCCGCAGGAGCUCUACGAGUCGUCGCACAUCGAGUCGGCCAUCAACGUGGCCCUGCCGGCCAUCAUGCUGCGGCGCCUGCAGAAGGGCAACUUGCCGCUCCGCUCCCUCUUCGCCAGCGGCGAGGAGGAGCGCGAGAAGUUCGCCCGCCGCUGCGGCACCGACACCGUCGUCCUCUACGACGAGAGCAGCAGCGACUGGAACGAGAACACGGCCGGCGACUCCGUCCUGGGCUUGCUCCUCAAGCGCCUCAAAGACGACGGCUGCAGGGCCUUCUACCUGGAAGGUGGUUUCAGCAAGUUCCAAGCAGAGUAUGCCCUUCAUUGUGAAACUAACCUCGACACUUCAUGUAGCAGCAGCUCUCCCCCUUUGCCAGUCCUUGGCUUAGGAGGUCUCCGAAUCAGCUCAGAUUCCUCUUCAGACAUUGAAUCUGACAUUGAUCGAGAUCCUAACAGUGCCACCGACUCUGACGGCAGCCCCCUGUCCAACAACCAGCCUUCUUUCCCAGUGGAGAUCCUUCCUUAUCUCUACCUGGGUUGUGCCAAGGAUUCCACUAACUUGGAUGUCUUAGAAGAGUUUGGCAUUAAAUAUAUCUUGAAUGUCACCCCCAACCUGCCUAACCUCUUUGAGAAUGCUGGCGAGUUUAAAUACAAGCAGAUCCCAAUCUCUGAUCACUGGAGCCAAAACUUGUCUCAGUUCUUUCCUGAGGCCAUCUCUUUUAUAGAUGAAGCUCGGGGGAAAAAUUGUGGCGUGUUGGUGCACUGCCUGGCAGGGAUCAGUCGCUCAGUCACAGUGACCGUUGCCUAUCUUAUGCAGAAGCUCAACUUGUCCAUGAAUGAUGCCUAUGACAUUGUCAAGAUGAAGAAAUCCAACAUCUCCCCCAACUUCAAUUUCAUGGGGCAGCUGCUAGACUUUGAGAGGACUCUGGGGCUGAACAGCCCCUGUGACAACCGCGUGCCCAGUCAGCAACUGUAUUUCACCACUCCUUCCAACCAAAAUGUCUUCCAAGUGGACUCCCUGCAGUCCACGUGAGCUGCAGCCAGGCCCCACCUCUUCCAAGCAUGGGUUAUGUGACCAUUCCUCAGUGCUUCUGUUUGACAGCAGCAAAGAACAGCUUUCUUUUGUGGGCCCUGAUAUUGAUCAGUGGCUGCCUGUGUGCUUAUGACAAUAGAGAGGUUACAAUGUUUGGAAUUGGAUAUUGCAAAGGAAGGGAACUUGUUGUGUUAUCUGGGAAAAAUGUAAAAUAUUGGCUGUAGGUAGGCAGCAGAUUUUGUUCAGUGCACAAACACCAACCCAUGAAGUGUGUUGGAACUGAAGACUUCCAAACACAGGUUGGGAAGAAUGAACACCACGAGCACAUGUCCUCUAGUGAGACUGGGAGAAAUAUAUUACUUGCAAUUGUAGUAUACAUUAUUGUCUUCAGUGAAGACUGUUUUUUUUUCCUUCUUAUUUUGAUUUAGAGGAGCCAAAGAGAGAGGGUUCAGCUCAAUGUAUUUGGAAUACUUGUUUGCCAAGCAGUUUGUAAUGCUCGGCUUGAUCAAUGUAAAUGUUUAAUCUUGAAUCAAUAAGCAACAUCAGUUUUCAAUGACAGGUACAUGAGGUUACCCUAAAGGAUCACCUCUUUCUUCCCCCUCCAGCAGUUCCUUAUUUCUGGAGCACAAAGGACACUUUUGCAACAUACUUAAUUUUACAGCUGAAAUGUCAGACUUUCUUCCUUGAAAUAUCUCUGCUUUUGAAGUUGGUCUGUUCACAUUUUGUGAAUGGAUAACAUAUAUAUUUUUGUGGAUUUUUUUUCCUUUGGGGGUGUGUGCCAUCAAUGUAGGUUCUCGUUCUGACUUUAUUUUUUUUGCGCCUUACCUUUGUAAAUAGCUUAGCUUUUCUUUUGGAAGAGAGUUAUGUUUUCAAAGAGAAGUUUUUUGUCCAAUUUUUAAAAGACACACACAGAUGUGCUAAAUAGUGCAUUACCUCUGUACAAACUCUUCAGGGAGCUUCACCUCAAAUGCAAUAUUUUGCAUUUAUUUUUGUAAAAAAACUGGAAGAGUGUGUGUAUGUGUGUGAGAGAGGGAGAGAGAGAGCAAGCGAGCAUGUGUACCUGAGUAUAUGCAAGAACUUCUUGCACACAACUGUCAAUAAGGGAGAGUCUAAUUUGCCAGUGUAAAGUUGGGAUUUUAUUCUAAGAAUGUAAGAUCAUAAAUUAUUAA